GUGUGUAGAGAGAAAAGAGGUGGGUGGAGGUGGGCAGAGCUUGCUGAAAAGUCUGCAGAAUCUGAGGCCAGCUUGGUCUGGCGAGAGGACUGACCCAGACUCUCAGGCAGAAGUGGGAGGACGGAGGGCAAGCGGUGGAGCGCAGGCUGCGUGUCAGGGGGAAGGUGCUAGGCCCUGGAGGUCAGGCUGGAAGUGGACCUCACACAGAAACUGGACCAUAGUCUCCGUCCUGCGCUGCGGCCGCUCCUCGGAUUUCAGGGCUGGGGCCUCGGGGAAGUCCGACAGAGGGUGGGCGCUGGCAGCUGGACGGAGCGGGGCGGAGCUGGGCUGAGGACACUACCUCCCUCCCCAAUCCUCUCAGGUGACAGACCCCGCGGGCCCCCAGCCCCGCCCCGCCGCAUAUUCAGGGGGCCGGGCCCUCUGCGUCCGAGAGCAGCCAGCGCCAAGUGGGGAGCCUCUGCCGUCUGUGCGUGCGUGGACCCGGGCCCCCGUCCUUCUCCAACCUGCCGCCACCAUGACUGCCGUGGCCGCCCCCCGCAGCCUCCUCAUCCUCCUCCAGGUGCUCGGGCUCGCCCUAGCGCAGAUCAGAGGUCCGCCAGGAGAGCGGGGUCCCCCGGGGCCCCCAGGGCCGCCGGGAGUGCCUGGAUCCGACGGCAUCGACGGCGACAAGGGCCCCCCUGGGAAACCUGGCCCUCCGGGACCUAAGGGAGAGCCUGGUAAAGCGGGGCCUGAUGGGCCGAACGGGAAGCCCGGGAUUGAUGGUCUUACUGGAGCCAAGGGGGAGCCUGGCCCUAUUGGGACCCCCGGAGUCAAGGGCCAGCCCGGGCUCCCAGGUCCCCCUGGCCUGCCGGGUCCUGGCUUCGCUGGACCUCCUGGACCACCUGGACCAGUUGGGCUCCCUGGUGAAAUUGGAAUCACAGGCGCCAAGGGGGAUCCAGGACCAGAGGGACCAUCAGGGCCCCCAGGCCCCCCUGGGAAACCGGGCCGCCCCGGAACCAUCCAGGGCCUGGAAGGCAGUGCGGAUUUCCUGUGCCCAACUAACUGUCCAGCAGGCGUGAAAGGCCCCCAGGGACUGCAGGGAGUAAAGGGGCAUCCUGGCAAACGUGGGGUUCUGGGAGAUCCCGGCCGCCUGGGGCAGACGGGUCCCAAAGGAGAUGUGGGUGCUUCUGGAGAGCAAGGCAUCCCUGGACCGCCGGGUCCUCAGGGAGUCAGGGGCUACCCGGGCAUGGCGGGGCCCAAAGGAGAAACGGGUCCUCGUGGGUACAAAGGCAUGGUGGGCUCCAUUGGCGCCGCGGGGUCACGAGGUGAGGAAGGUCCACGGGGGCCACCAGGCCGAGCUGGGGAGAAGGGCGACGUGGGCAGCCAAGGUGUUCGAGGACCCCAGGGAGUAACAGGCCCAAAAGGAGCAACUGGUUCCCCGGGCGUCGACGGCAAGGACGGGCUCCUAGGCAUACCUGGCAUGAAGGGCAGUACAGGACUGGCGGGGCGGCCAGGAAGCCCAGGGCACCAGGGCCUAGCAGGUGUGCCAGGCCAGCCUGGGACAAAAGGCGGCCCUGGGGACAAGGGUGAGCCAGGCCAGCAGGGCUUCCCUGGAUUCUCUGGUCCCCCUGGGAAGGAGGGAGAGCCAGGGCCUCGAGGAGAAAUCGGUCCCCGGGGCAUCGCCGGGCAGAAGGGUGACCAGGGUGAGAGGGGGCCAGUGGGGCCGCCAGGCCCUCAAGGACGGCAGGGCCCCAAGGGGGAGCAGGGGCCCCCGGGAAUUCCAGGGCCGCAAGGCUUGCCAGGCAUCAAAGGAGACAAGGGCUUCCCAGGCAAGACGGGGCCCCGCGGCGGAGUGGGCGACCCGGGGGUGGCCGGCCUCCCGGGAGAGAAAGGCGAGAAGGGAGAGUCUGGAGAGCCAGGGCCCAAGGGACAGGUGAGUCCUGCCCCUGCGACACCGCCUUCCUCCUCC